AUGGUCAUUGACGAGGGUACACCUGAGUUUGCUAUGUCAUAUUCUGAUAACAUCGUCGAUGUAUCUCUUCCAGAUAUAGGGCCUAAAACCUCUCCAUCGAAUAACAGUUCUAAAGUACUAUACAAUGACAACACACUUCCUAGAGAUCAAGACGAUAAAUUAGCCAAUGAAGAUGAUGACGAUGAUGAUGUUAUCCCAACAGCUAUCGUUAUAAAAAAUAUUCCAUUUGCUAUCAAAAAGGAACAAUUAUUGGAAUUUAUUGAGAAAAAAGGUUUACCUUUACCUUACGCAUUUAAUUACCAUUUUGAUAAUGGUGUAUUUAGAGGUUUAGCUUUUGCUAAUUUUCAAUCAACAGAUGAAACUACCAAAGUGAUCGAUGUAUUAAAUGGUGAAGAAAUCGGCGGUAGAAAAUUAAGAGUUGAAUACAAAAAAAUGUUACCUCAAAUGGAAAGGGACAGAAUUGAACGUGAGAAGCGUGAAAAGAGAGGUCAGUUAGAGGAACAACAUAGUUUACUAAACUCUAAUUCACAUUUAUCCUUACAAUCGUUGAGUAGAACUGGAUUGAACAACAUGAAUAGUAGUACAUCCCUAUAUAAUGGAAAUCUCAAUUCUCAAUCUUCUAUUCAACUUUUUUCAACUUUUGUUGGUAGUAACAAUGGUAAUGCGAGUGGUGCCGGAAACAAAAAUAAUUUAUUGAAUACCAACAGUUCUACCAAUUUACUAAAUCAGCAAAAUCAAUCUUCUCAAUACCUUGUUAAUCAAAAUACAAAUUCUUCUUUGUAUGGAAACCAAGUUAACACUACAGAAAGAUUUUACCCACCAUUACCUUCAUCUACGGCGUUACCUCUUCCGCCUCAACAAUUAGAUUUUAAUGAUCCUGAUACCUUGGAAAUUUAUUCUCAAUUAUUAUUAUUUAAAGAACGAGAGAAGGUUUAUUAUGAGCUUGCCUAUCCAAUAGGUUUGUCAGCAAACUAUAAACGUAUUAUCAACGUUUUAUGUUCCUUUUUAGGCUUAGUUACUGCUUACGAUGUUUCCUUCAUUAUCGUUAGAAGGAAAAUAUUAGACCCAGGAAAUUUGCAAUCUCAUUUAAAUAUGCAAGGUCAAGCUGAUUUAAUUGGUUCAGUUCAUCCACUACAACCAAGUUCCACUGGUGGUUCACUUCACCAAUCGUUAUCUUACACAAGUUUGUUACAAGCACAUGCUGCAACUGCUGCUGCAAGUAACAAUGCACCAGUUGCUAGUAUAAAUACCCCUACUAAUAAUAAAAACAGUUUUAACUCUUCUCCUGCUAUUAAUAAUUAUGCUGGUAUUUUUGGUUCAAACUCUUCUCAAACUCUAUCGAAGACUGGAAGCCAAUCCCAAUUAUCUGUUGCUCAACCACAGAACAAUAAUGCUACCCAGACUCAACAAUCUUCUCUUCAAAAUCUGGAAUUGUCAAUGCAACAGCCAUUCAUCAGACAACAAAAUCCGUCCAGUUCUUCUCGAAUCCCAUCAGGUUACUCUUCAAACAAUAAUGCUAUGAAACAAAUGAAUGCUUUAUUGAGAAAUCAAACAUUGUCGCCUGCAAACAACCAGGCUCAAUCGCCCACUUCGAAUUUGCAAAGAGUUCCAUCUUUUUACAGUAACAAUUCGCUUGGAAAUUCGUCUACUUUGUUGUCCUCUCAAUUACAGGAUCCAUCUCAACAACCAUUUCAACAAUUGAUCGCUCAAAAUACAUCUGGAUCAGUCCAUUCGAAUUACUCAUCUCAAUCUUUCAUCGAUGAAGCUGCUCAGGGGAAUCACUUUUCGAAUUUGAACCAAAAUAACAAUGGAACAGUGAAUGAUAACUUAGAGGAAGGGUUAAGUCGCUCUCUAAGCGGUUUAGAUUUAUAA